CGUCGUGUCCCGGAAGUGUGAAUGUGAAGCUAAUAGAUCUACACGUCAACAGUGCGCUUACUAGCUGCGAUCUUCAUAGAAAACUACUGGACAGUUUAUUACGCGAUUUAGACAGCAUUUUCCAAUCCAGAUGGACGCUGGGGUCAGAGGUUCCUUCAGUGAGGGUGGAGCAGGUGAGAGAACACUGCCACCAGGCCUGACGGAGGAGGAAGCCGCAGAACUGGAACUGGAGCUUACUAAGGUGGAGGAUGAAAUUCAGACACUGAGGCAUGUUCUGACAUCCAAAGAGAGGCAUGCUGGGGAACUGAGGAGACGAUUGGGUAUAAGCCCUCUGGAUGAGAUGAAAACCAACCUCUCCAAAGGCUGGCACAAUGUCCAGUCUUCUAAUGCUUAUAUGAAAACCUCCCAGACUCUUGGGGAUUUGAAUCAAAGAAUUACAUCAUCUAACAUUUAUCUUACAGCAUCUGCUACUCUGGAAGACAUUAGUCGUUCUGACGCGUAUAAGAAAACACAGGAGACUCUGUCCCAGGCUGGUAUGAUGACCUCAUCUGCUUUCUCAUCACUGGGAUCAGCCAUCAGAAACAGACUGGGAGAAAUGAGGGCUUUGACUUACACGCCUCCAUCAGGUAGCAGCUACUCCAUGCACCACUCCCUAAGUAUGCCCACUAUGAGGUAAAGUACCAGGAAUUCACCAACAUUUAAAAGCCUGGAGGACAAAAUGUCCAAGGCAGCCGGAGGAAGCACGAACAGUGAAGAUAUGUAACCACCACCUGACUGGUUGUGAACAGGAAGCACAGAUUCAUCACCAAAACUGACCUCUGUGACACAAACUACUCCAAAUCCUUUAAAGCGCUAUGCUGAAAGCCAAGAGAUGUCAAAACGUUUGAAUAAAUAAUGCCGAACAGUUCAAAAUUCCCAAAAUGCUGUUCGAGUCUACAACUGCAUCUCUGCUGCUUGCUUUGAAAGGAGAAAUCCUAAACCUGGUGUGGAUUUGAUUUUUUCUUUUUUUGUGGCAAACUGACAGUGUGUGAAUGCAUGAUGCACACAACCUUUACUCCGGUUUCACUUGAUUUGAAUGUAUGAAAAAGUUCUCUGAUUGGCAUCUGCUCUGAUAUUACUACUGAUGUAUACUAGUUGUGACUCCACGCAGUAUGGUAUACACUCCCGACACACUGUGGAUUAAAAGAAAUCGCUUCCUUGGCAGUAUGUGUUCCUCCUGUUGCGUAUGAUUAAUGGGCAUGUAACAGACUGCUUUCUACAUCUCUUAUAACUCAGGGCAACAGGUGCUAGCGCUUUUGACUAUAAUGUGAGGAAUGUAACUAAUUCGUCAUAAACUGCUUCAUGGAACAUGAGGUAAAUGUUUGUGAUUGAAUUAAAUCUUUUUUUUGGGGGGGGGGGGU